AUGACAAGGGCAAGAGCAGCGGCCCUCUCUGCAACAUCCAUCCCUGACGUCCUCCUCGUUGCUGACGUUAUCACGGCGUUCAAGCAAAAUGAGAAUGGCGAAGAAGGUGAGCUCCGCCAUCAGCCACCGCGGCGCGACUUCCGGAGUGGCCUCUUCGACUGCCAUGAGAGCUGGGCCGUGUGCCUCGACGCAUGCCUGUGCACGUACUGCGUGGCCAGUGCGCACCACAACUUCCUGAUGAACGACACGGCGGGCGUUUACUUCCCCGCCUGCUGUGGGCUGCUCUGCGUCGAUGCGGGGCUCAGCGCACUCUCCUCGUGCCUGCCAAGCUCUCUGUACCUCCACACCUACCUCAUGCGCAGCGCCAUCCGUCAGCGCUACGGCUUGCACUCGGUGGACGGACGUGUCGACUCCGACGAGCACGACAGCGGCAGCUACCGUGUCUGCUCGACGGAGUCGCUGCUGGACCUCCUGGCCGUAUCCCUCUGCCUGACCUGCGUCAUUGCUCAGCACCAGCGCGAGAUCAUGCACCAGGGCGACUGGUGGGGUGGCGGAGUAGGGCUUAUCGGCGUGGUUUCUAGCCCCUCCCUCCCCCUCCUCCUCUCCUUUGGGAGAGGAAAGAGGGCUGUCGAUGGGGGGUGUACGGAGACACGCCCAUCCUCCAGCUUUGCUCAGUCGCUCACACCCUCACGCACUGUUGCUGCCUUCUCUUUUCCGCUUUUUUUUUUUUUUCGUGCGGCGGCGUGCGGCGGGAGUUCAUCUCCGUCGCGCAAAAAUUGUAAUCAGCGGCACAUUCUUUGCAGUGAAGACUCGGCCUGGAUGAUGAAUUUCAGGCGUCCGUCAACCGCCCUCGGUCUCCUCCUCCUCCUUCCCCUUCCCCCCCCCCUCCACACACACGCGCACUUCCUCGGCCGGCCAAGUGAGCCCCUGCUGCCGUCUGGACGAGGAAGAGAGGGGAGGGAAAGAGCGCUCUUCUUCUCGUUUGCUCAGCGCCAUCUCCCCCACCCCGCAGACGGUGGGACAGGGCGUCAACGAGACGCACCAGGGCGUGUGUGUGUGUGUGUGUGUGUGCCGGGCACCAGCGCUCAAGGCGGCUCCGCUUGCCCCAGCUGCUUGGGGGCGGGGGGGUGCGUGGGUGUGCUCCUUUCCCCUUCCCCACGUUGUCCACUCGGAGCCCCCACCCACCCCUCAGAUCCACUUUCAACCUACUGCUCUCGCAUUGAAGUCGGCCCGAUCCAUCCAGUGCCCGUGCACCUCUCUCCACCAGGUGAGACCGGAAUGCCGGAAGGAUAG